AGACGAGAGAAGGGUAAAAGCAUUCACGCAGUCGUCUCGGUCUCGCCGCCGCCAACACCCUUGCCGUCGCCCCGGACACCGCGCUAUAUCCGUGACCUCGUCGUGAUGACCACUCCCGGCAAGCCCGACCCGGCCGCUGUGCCACCGAAAGCGCCGCAGCCGCAGCCAGCGGUGAAGGGGGCCUUCAUGCGCCGCGUCUUCCCCUUCCUCCUCGCCACCAACAUCUUCAUCGGAGUUUAUGUAUUUGCAAAGACCUACAAACGAGACCAGGACAAGAAAAAUGCUGAGGCUGCAGCAGCUGCUGCUGCUGCAGCAGCAUUGUUAGCCCCACCUGCUGCAGUUGCUAAGCCUGCUCCUCCGCCGAAAAGAGUACUCCCACCUUUAUCUGAAGAUGAGCAGCGCCAGGUCUACAAGUGGAUGCUGGAGGAGAAGAGGAAGAGCAAACCACGUGACGCUGCUGAGAAGAACAAAAUCAAUGAGGAGAAGGCUCUUCUUAAGGAGAUCAUCAGGGCAGAGUCUCUCCCUCGUUUGUGGUGAUUUCAUCAGUUCUCCUGCUCGCCUUGGAUGAUUUUUGUCCCCCUGCAAUUCCAGUAAGGGUAUAUUUUAUUACCAAUCUAGUGUUCUUAGCUGUCACAAACAGUAUGGCUUUGCGUGCUGAUACGUUUCAUAGCCAAAAAAAUUGAGUAACUCCAGUCUCCAGGAAACGGUUUCCUUUUAGAUGCACAAUUAUGAUGAUGGAGUCUAUUCUGGAGAUAUUCUUCCGCACAGUAAAUGAUUGCUCCGAAACCAAGGGGCUGUUUGGUUCGGGUAGCCUGGCUGGAGAUGUGCGCAGUGUGGUGUUUUGUUGUUAUUUGAGACUACGUCUCACCUUUAGCCUUCAGACCUCUGGAUUUUGUUAAUAAUGAACGUUUAUAGUAUGGUCUCCACCCGUUGAGCA